AUGAACCGCACUGGCUUUGACAUCCAGCCCAUUGGUCGCUUCUACGCUUCCAAUACCACCAUCCGACGCCCAAAGGAGAUCGCUUGCUUUUCAUACGAUGAUGAACACAGCUUUCAUCUGGGGGACUCGUCCCUGCGGUACUACUACCCACCUAAGCUUCCCGCAGACCUGAACCAGGGCUUUGAUGAAUUCCAGAAGCUCGAUGAUAGCGGAGACGAACAUCUAGAUGCUCUUCUGGAAACCAUCAUGGCGCUGGAAAAGGAGACGGGGAAGACGUCUGACGCCGACAUCAUCACCUGGCGAGGCAUGAUGACCAAGGUUCGAAAUGAAUGCCACCUGUUUUCAGGCUACAAAUUUGAGACUCUAUCUGUCAUCAAUCAACCAUGGGACCCAACUUCGCGGGAGGAGAUCGAAGGCCGACCCGAGCUGGUCGUGAACAACAAAGCACAAUACUGCUCAGUUGUACGAACUGGGAUCGGUAGUACGAAGCUAAUUAUCGGUGGAGAAGUCGACGCCGUUUGGGACUGCAAACCGGAUCGCAAAGAGGACCCCAUCCACUGGGUGGAGUUGAAGACCUCAGCGGAGAUACGGAACGAUAGAGACAUGCUGAAGUAUGAGCGGAAGCUCCUCAAGUUCUGGGCCCAAUCUUUCCUCCUCGGCGUGCCUAAGAUCAUUGUCGGUUUCCGUGACCAAUAUGGCAUUGUUCAUCGCCUAGAGGAACUGGAGACGGCCAGCAUACCAGUCAAGGUCAAGAAGGCCGGUAAAGGAACUUGGGAUGGGAACAUCUGCAUCAACUUUGCCGCUGCCUUCCUUGAAUGGCUGAAAUCCGUGAUCCAGGGAGAAGGAACGUGGAGGAUACGAAAACUUGAGAAAUCCUCCGUCAUUGAGGUUUUCAAAAUUGAGGAAACCGGUACAGGGGAUAUUAUUUCACCAGCUUUCGCGGCCUGGCGAUCAACAACAACAUGA